AGUCCACAGUUAAGUGUUUACUCCGAACAUGAACACAUUAAAUGACAGUGUUGAAGUAAAUUUAUCGCAAGAAUAAAAAACAUUACGGGUAGUACUUUAUUUUAAAUACAUAUCGUGACUAAAUCGUGGAAAGAUACUCAUAAAUUUCUUGGUCAAAUUAAAUUCUCCCGGUUCCGGAACGUAAAACAUAUUUACCCAUGAAGCGUCUAAUACUAUUCCUGUCGCUUCUGUCCGCGGUGUUCGGACACCACAUCCUCUGUAUACAGAACGUGCCCUCAAGGAGCCAUCACAUCCUCAUGAUGGGGAUCGUGAAGCCGCUGCUGGAAGCUGGUCACCAGGUCACAAUGAUAACGACGUUCCCGGAGGAGAAGCCGGCGAAGAAUCUCAGAUACAUAGACGUCGGCCACUUGAGGGACCUGGUGCCGAAGGUUGUGAUGUCAGGCAACGCGGGAUUCAACACCACCUUUGUGAAGAUAUUCGCGAGGAACAUAUCACGGAGUACGAUAGAGACGCCAGCUGUCAGAGAAGCUCUCAUCAAACAGAACUUCGAUGCUGUCGUAACAGAGUGGUUCUUCUCGGAUUCUGAUGCUGGAUAUGCAGCAGUCCAACAGGCCCCAUGGAUUCUCCUCAGCGGUAUGCUGAUGCAAAGCCAUCUAGAGAAUAUCAUAGACAGCGUCAGAUCCAUACCCACGAUUCCAACGAUGAUGAACGACUCCCCAAUUCCGAUGAGUUUUUUGCAGCGCCUUGUCAACACCGGCUCUUACCUUCUCAUGGCUGGUGCUAAUUUACUGGACCAAUCUAAGAUGGAAGCAAAUUAUGUGUCAGACUUCUCCGCUAUAUCUUCAGCUCGCGGAGUUCCCCUCCCUCCGUACAACGACGCUCUUUAUAACGUGUCAGUACUGCUGGUCAACUCUCACCCGUCCUUCGCCCCAGCUAGGAGUCUGCCACCCAACGUGGUCGAUAUAGCGGGCUACCACAUGGAUGAGAACAUAGCACCACUGCCCAAGGAUCUCCAAGACCUCUUGGACUCUUCCACCAAAGGAGUCGUGUACUUCAGUAUGGGAUCCGUUUUGAAGUCAGCUAAUUUACCGGAGAAGACUAAGGAGGGUCUUAUCAAAGUGUUCAGCGAGUUGCCUUACACGGUGCUCUGGAAGUUUGAGGAGAAGAUCGAGGGUCUUCCCAAGAACGUGCACGUCAGGCCCUGGAUGCCACAGUCCAGUAUCUUAUCUCAUCCAAAUGUACUAGUAUUUAUAACACACGGUGGUCUUCUCUCGACCCUGGAGUCUCUAUACCAUGGAAUACCCAUCAUCGCGAUCCCCGUGUUCGGAGACCAGCCUGGGAACGCCAAGCGAUGUGUAAGGGAGGGCAGAGCUCUCAUGGUCAGCAUCGGCCCAGAUAUGGCUCAAGACCUGGAAAAAGCUCUCAAGGAGAUGCUCGGGAAUGACAGUUAUUAUAAAAAAGCAAAGGAGCUGUCGAAGCUGUUCCGGAGCCGGCCGGUGAAGCCCGACAAGCUGAUUCAGCAUUACGUGGAGUUAGCUAUUGAGAGUAAAGGAGCGUACCAUCUCCGUUCCAAGACGCAUCUCUACAAGUGGUACGAGCUGUGGAUGCUGGAUCAGAUCGCAUUUGUCUUAGCGGUGCUCGCGAUAGCGUUUAGUCUCCUCAAGAAGGUGGCUGGACUGUUCAUGACGAAACAGAAGCAGAAGGGGAAGAAGGAAAAGAAGAAUUAAUAGAGCGAUCUUUAGACUGUUUAUUCGGUGUUGGUUACAAAUUAACGGAAAUUUUAACAAAAAAUCUCGUUCUUUUAAAGAUAUUCUUAAUAGUAUUAUUUGUAUUUUCAAACGGCAACAUAAUAUUUUUUUUCUAUAACGGUACAUUGUCAGGUUAAACGAUUUCUGUCAUGGCCAUCUUGAGUAAUUAGGCCGGAUUUAUUGUUUAAAAAAAAUAUUUAAGGUCUACAAUUGAAAAAGAGACUAAAUUACAUUGCAAAAACAAUAACAUGCAUUUAAUUACAUGCCAUUAAACUAUACAAUAUUGUUAUUUAACUUAUAACAAGUGUUUGUACAAAAACAACAGUGUGUUUAUUACUGACAAGAUCACAAGGUCACGAGCGAGUUCGCGUAAUAGAUUUUAAGUGCUCCUUCAUUAACGAGUCCUUUAUAUAGUCCACUUUAAUAAACGCGUAAGAUUACGGCGUUUGACGAAAAAGGUGGUAUAUGAUGUUUGUUGGAUAAAAAAACCUGAAGGACAUUUGAUUUUUUUUUUAUUAUUUCUACUAUAUCCGGUUUUUGAACGAUUUAUCAGUGUAUACGUAAAACUCUACCGGGAUGAAGUGCUUUGAAAUUUAAAAAAAAAGCAACAAUUUUCACAAUAGCAGAAAACUUAAUCUUCAUUUUCUAUUUAUUGAAGUUAUUUAAUGUUGUUUAAUACUUUGCAUUAUCCUAAAUAUAUUUUUUUGCACUAUU